AUGUCAGAAUUUUCUUUGGAACAAUUUAUCGAGGUCCAUGAACCCCAACUUAGGACUUCUGCUGUCCCAGAGGUUUUUUGGCCAAGUUUAUUUAAUAAAUUGAAGUAUGAAGUAAGUCAAAAUGUGUUUUUAUUCAUUGGUUUAGGAGUUCGAUGCGGGAAAAUAUUUCCAAAUCAUCGUGGAGGAGAAUGAAUCUGGAGAAAACAGCUUCUCUGUGAUAGCGUUGAAAGAUAUCGAAGCUGAAAGUGCUGAUAGGUAUGUACAGCUAUGUCUGCAAUCCAUUUUUUAGCAUCUUCUUAAUUGACCAUUGCUUCACGUUUCGUUUGAAUAAUGCCAGGGGUAUACUGAAGCAGGUCCCCGGCUUUAAGGAGAGAUUGAUGGAAUCGAUGGGAAUUACUGUAAGAUUGCCCAACUCUUGCAUUGAAUUAUUAUUUUAGCUUGACGAAUUUGAAGAUGUAGACAGUUGCUCUGAUUACAUUGGAAGUGAAAGUGGUGAUGCCCAUCCGACUGGUAUGUUACUUCUACUUUUUGCAUGUUUCUUUUUUCAGCUCGAGGUGAUGAAAACCCUGGAACAGGUGACGAAAAAGGUACCAAGAUCAAUGAACAAUUGGAGCAGAAGAUAAUAGAUGCCAUUAUGGAGAAGAUCUGGAAGUUUGCGCAAACUUACACCGUCCGUAGGUCGAAGAAUGUCCUCGAUGAGGGAGAUAUGCCCAUUUGGUAUCUGCCGGAUGAAUUUGGAAUGCGAAUAGGACACAGUAAUACACCCAACAUCCGUAUUGUUCCAUUCUUCUAUGGUUUUAACGGACAAGCUUUCAGUAUAAUGUUUCCUAUUAAAGACAUUAAAGAUCAAGGUAAGGGACAUAACCAAAAAUGAACUUGUUUAGAGGAAGUCACCCGGAAUUAUGUGGACAAUGCUGUUUUGAAAGCCCAUCCAGACUGGUACAAUGUUCUUUUACAUCCAUGGGAACCUGUUGAUCUGAGCGAAAGCGAAAUCAAGAAGUCGGUCAAGGACGAGAAGUUCUUUACGGUUAGUUUUUUGCUAAAUUCAGAUGUCUUUUUUUAGAGUGGGCGACAUCCGGAUUAUCUGCCCUCCGAAUCUCAGAAAGGAAACGCUUCAGAUCCUAUUGGGAUCAUGGACACCGUCAGAAUUCUGGCUUCAGAUACCCAGUUAAUAGAGCAUUUAAAAGAUGUACAGUACGAAAUGGCCGAGGAUGUAAAGGAAGCGGAUGUCAUUUGGAUGCGGGAACACUUUCAUGACUUUAAGUAGGUUAAUUCUUCAAUCAUAAAUACUUUUUAGGGUUUUAUCCGAGCAAAAUCCAAAAGUUUUGAUAAACCAAUUUCCAUUCGAGUCCAAUCUGACUGUAAAGGAUCUAUUCGCGGCUUUGAUUGAAGCCGAUCCGAGUUAUGAAAAGUCAUAUAAUGAAGAAACUCUUGAAUGGGGACCAGAAUGGUUUCAGACGACGUUCAAUCUGAAUGAAGAACUCCCUGCUUUUGUGUCAUAUUUCCAAAAAAGAGCCCGGAAGAAUUUGGAUAACACUUGGAUCAUAAAGCCCUGGAAUCUGGCGAGAGGAUUGGAUACAGUAGUCACGAACAAUCUUGAUUGUGUCAUCAGGAUGGUCGAAACCGGCCCUAAAUUGGUUUCCAAAUAUAUUGAAGACCCUGUUCUCAUGAAAAGACCUGAUAAUGGAAAUCUAGUCAAGUUCGACUUGAGAUUCAUCGUCUUAGUCAGAAGCCUAGACCCUUUGGAGGUCUUUGUCUACAAUGACUUUUGGCCUCGUUUAGCCGUUAAGUAUGUUCGACCCAUUUAUUUCCAAUUUAUUUUAUUUCAGCGAAUAUGACUUGAGUGACUUGGCCGACAAUUUCACUCAUCUUUCUGUUCACAAUUACACCGAUAAGAGCAAGGUUUCAAAUGUAGGCUUGCAUUUGCUGAUGCAAUGUUCUUUUAGAUAACAUCGGAUGAAUUCAUUGAAAGUUUGGUGGAAUUGAAUCCACAACUUGAUUGGAACCAAGUUAAAGAGCAGAUAAAUUAUGUAAUAAAGGAAGUGUUCAAAACCGUCACCAGAGACAGACCCCCUAAAGGUGUCGCUCCUAACCUACAAUCAAGAGCGAUGUAUGGAUUCGAUAUUAUGUUGAAGUGGAAGAGUAAGUGCAUGGUUUUAUUCUAAAUAAUUUUUUUAGACCGUGAGCACAACGCCGUGGAUGUUGUUUUCCUGGAAGCCAAUUUCAUGCCUGAUUGUGAGCGGGCGUCUCAAUUCUACCCAGACUUUGCUGACACUGUCUUCCAGACCUUGUUCUUGGGAGGAGGCAGUAAUCGCGUCCAUUCUAUUUAA